AUGUAUAAUAAUGAUAACCAUAAUGAAGGUAGUGUUUUGCUUAACCCAUAUCAAUAUGACUGGAUGAUUCUGGAGAAAACGUUUUGUACCGUACUAUAUCCAAACCUAACAGUUAUAAUCGUUAUUCAUUCUGCUACUGAUCAUUUUGAACAACGUGUACUCUUACGACAAAUGUAUGGCCAGCAUUUUUAUAAAAAGUAUGGCAUUACAACAUUAUUUGUAUUGGGUAUGCCAGAGGAUAAUAAAGUGCAGAAACAGCUAGUUGAAGAAUCAAGAAGAGAGCGCGAUCUUAUACAACAAAACUUUCGUGACAGCUAUAAAAAUUUAACAUGGAAGGCGCUAAUGUGGCUUCGCUUCAUGGAUGAAUAUUGUCCGAACAUACAGUACAUAAUAAAACUUGAUGAUGACGUGGUAGGCAAUAUAUUACAAACGCUUCAUUUUUUGAAUGUGCAUUUUAAAACAGUAAGCUUAUUGGAAUCAGAGAAACAAAUCUUUUGCCGAGUCAUUUAUCAUCGACAAGUAUCACGAGAGAAGAAGGAUAAAUGGCAUGUGUAUGUAACAGAGGAUGAAUUACCUUCUAAAUAUUAUUCAAACUAUUGCGUGGGUAUGGCAAUUAUAUUCACUGGUGAUUUAUCAAGCUUACUGUUACGAGCGGCCAUACAAGAAAGAUAUUUCUGGAUCGAUGAUUACUUCAUAACUGGAAUUUUGGCAAAGAAAGUUGAAGCACACUUAGUGGAUUUAAAACGAAAAAUAAUGGUUUACACAUGGGAAGGAAGUGAAAAAGCGCUUGUGAACGGUGAUGUCUUCUUUCGUUUGUUGUCAAAUAUGUCAUAUGGCUUGCAAUUAUGGCGACAAAUUGAAGACAAUUAUUCUAUACGUUUUUUGAAUAGCUCUACACAAUUGAUGGUUCCUCCUUCUCGCAAUCGCUUCUAG